GUACUUGUUUUGUUUCACAGUUCUAAAAAUAGAAUGAUGAUAAUAAUGGUGACAAUGAUAACAUUGAUGAUGAUAUGACUGGAUUCUUAACAGACAAACGCAAUGAUAUGAAUACAGAGGGAGGAAUGCAUAAUCUGUGAAGCUCAUUAAAGGACAUUAUUCGAAAAUACAGUGGUGGGCUCAAAGCGGAUAUCCUAAAUAAUUGAUUGUUCUACAAUCUCAGAACUAAGUGAAUGCCCUGCAAAAUUCAAUCAUCGAACAUGACCUAAGGUAAAUGCACAAGAACGGUUGCAGAUCCUCAGUGUCAGAAUCUAUUAUCUUUGACACACAAACACAAUCAUGUGAUACAUAGCAGAUUAACGCAUAAACUAUGAAGCUCAUUAACGGAUACAUAGCAGAUUAAAGCAUAAACUACGAAGCUCAUUAACGGGCAAGUAGCAAACAGCAGUAUCUAUGAUGCAAAUAAGGAACAUUCAACAAGAUAAAGCAUAAGAUGAGUACCCACAUAACAGAAGCAGGAAGCCAAGCAAAAUCAAUCAUCAUCUUCUUCAGUCUUUCCAGCACCGAAAGGGUCAUGAUUUGGCCCCACCUCUUCUCCCAUAUGGCGCUGCACAAGCCGCUGCAGAUCAGACAUAACCUUAGCCUCGCGCUUCGCCUUCUCCUCGUAGUUAAACAUGGCCAAUGCCCGUUUGUCUUCAGCACUGUAAACCUGGUUUUCUUUUCUAAUACGAAUAGCAUUCAUCCUUUGAUGCCUACUUCCACUCAUCACAUAACCAAGAUCCUCAAACUUCUGAAUCUCUUCAGCGUUAAGACCCACUUCUCCUCUACGUGGGAUACGUUUACCUUGCUGAACAUACUGUGCAAUGGCGUCUCCUUCACCGGGUCUUAAAGCACCACCAUAACUGAUGUGACCUUCAGCUUUAGGUAAUGGCAUUGGACCAACAUCACCUUCUUCUUCCUCUUCAUCAACAGCUGAAGAUUUCUUCUUUAAUUCAAUCAUCUCUUUGAACUUCUUCAACUCUUCUUCAUCAAGUUCUAGCUCAGUGUUCUUCACCGUUUCGUCUACUUGCAUCUUCGAAUCUUCCUCAGUACCAUCGCUGUCACUCCCUGACUUCGUCUUCUCUCCCUUGCUUCGUUUUGAACUAGAAUCCGAAGAUUUCUUCCGCCUCUUGCUCUUUGACUUGGUAUCUUCUUCCUCCCCAGACGAAGAAGCACUAAUCUCAGCUUUACUAUCUUCAUCGCUGCUCUCAUCAGAGUCACUGUAUUUCGUCUUUCUCCUAUGACUUCGCUUUUUCCUAAAACUACGGCUGCUUCUACUCUUCUUCCUCUUAGAAGAACUCUUCCUCCUUCGUCUCCUAUCUUCCUCUUCCGAAUCACUCUCACUCCCUUCGGAUUCACUAUCGCUGUCAUAAGAUCUCUUUCUCCUGCGCUUAGACCUCGAGCUCUUACUCUUCCUCUUCCUAGAUCUCAAACCAUCAGAUUCAGAUUCCGAGUCAGAUUUACCUUUCCUUUCUUUCCCUUUCGAAUUAUCAUCUCUUUCGCCGCCGUUCUUGUCCUGAAUCUCGUCGGCGUUCUCAUCGGAAUCCUCGUUCUGAUCUCUAGGUGGACUCGGUGUGUUCUCCCAAAAGCAGAACUUGGCUGAUUUCCUCAUCUUAAGCCGUUUCUGCCUCCUAUACUCUUCGUGACUCAAUCCCUUCAAUUCUUCAUCGGAAUCUGAACCAGAUCGUCUUCCGUUUCGAUAAUCUCGAUCCAAAUAGCCAUGAUUCUUCCCAAAUCUCCUCGGAAGCGAGUUCAUCGUCAUUCUCGAAUCCCUAAUUCACUCCGACGACGACAAUGAAGAAAACAAAAUCUAAGCAGCUGUCUGAUAAAUUAGGGCUUUGAUUCAUAUACAGUAUCUGCGCCUUUUUACUUAUUGGGCCCUUAACGAAUAGGCCCAAUAUUUAUCAUUAUUCACCACUGAAAAUCAUGUUUUGAUUUUACACAAAGCACCCCACAUUUUAAUUAGAGUCAAUCGAGUCCUCUAUCCUUAUCGUCGUCUUCAGAUGGCAAGUCUCUCCAUGUCCGCCGUGUCUCUGUCGCCGUUUCGGCCUCAAACAGAGAAUCUUCUUUCAAAACUCAGUUUCCGAACGAACUUACACUCGUUCAAUCUCAAACCAAUAAGGAUUAGUACGAAAGUUAGAAGUUUUGGUGGGAAUCGGAGAGAGCCGAAGGAUUCAAGAUUUGUCGAUGAAAAAGGCGUAGUUGAUGACAUGGAAGGUUUCUUAGACAAUCUCUCUCUCGAAUACGACUCUGUUUGGGACACUAAACCCUCUUGGUGUCAGCCAUGGACGAUAAUGUUAACGGGUCUAUCAAUAGUGGCAUGUAGCUGGGUAAUACUACACUCGGUCAUAGUUUCAUCGCUUGCGGUUGGUGUAAUUGGUGCUUGGUGGUACAUAUUCCUUUAUAGCUACCCAAAGGUAUGAUUUUCCCUUCCAUCAUCUAACAACCUCUCCUUUUCAUUCCCUUACUAAAGAAAUGUUCGUAGCUCUAAUUUACUAAGUCUAAGUUAAAGUAAAAAUCCUGUUUAAACAUCUUCAGACAAUGCUAGUUUCUAUAAUCUUAGUGAACAAGACUUUACUUUGGUCUUGUCUUUGAGAUUCUGGUGGUUUUUUCGUGUACUUUGGUUCAGUCGUAUUCAGAAAUGAUUGCUGAAAGAAGGAAACGAGUAGCUGAUGGUUUUGAAGAUAUUUACGGCAAAAACAAGCCUUCAUAGGAUCUUCUCAAUGUUCAAAAUUACAUUCGUUUCUUGCAUAAAUCUUCCCUUCUGUUGUGUGUAUAAUAUAACCAUCAUCUAUGGAUUUAUCUCAAUUUCAUUCACAGAUGUUUGGAUACAUAAAUCUUGAUUUCAGAGUCCUCUAA